AAGACUUUCUGUUACACUCGUUGUUUCAGACCGGCGUAUUUUCAUAGUGACACAGCCACCAUGGACGCGGUUUCCCAGCGUGUUUUGGAGUAUAUGACCGAAGUUGAAGAGGCAGCCGAGGAUGUUCUCACUACUAAACAACAGAUAGUGGACCUGGACACAAAGAGAAACCGGAACAGAGAGGCACUGAACGCACUGAGACAUGAAAUGUCAGAUUCAGAGAAAGUGAAGGUUUGCUUUGGAAACAUGUUCAUCAAAUUCCCCAAAUUGAAGACAAAAGAAAUGAUUCAGAAAGACCAGGAGCAGCUGGACAAGGAGAUAAACGACCUUCGCAAAGCACUGAAAGCAAAAGUCAAUUGUCUACAUGAGUUGCAGGGAAAACCUGAGCUGAGAGGCUACAAUCUUUCUCCUCUGUCCACGGAUGAAAUCAAAGCGAUUAACAGCCUAAUAAAGAGAUGACAUCAGGGCUGCUAACUGCAGAAUACUUUUGAGGACAGAAGAACAAAGAGAACAUUUUAACAAGAUGCUGGAGAGCCUCAACUCCAACUCUUAAUUGUGCACGUUGCUGUAACAUGCUAAAAUCUGGAGUAUCUUGUGGAACCAUAUACGUCUCCUGGAUCAUUAAUAACAGGGAUGUAUUUGGCAUUUUCAUGAUUUAUGUUCAGGACAUUUUUGACAUUUUUGUCAGACAUUGUAUUCUGGUUGUUAAACCUUCAAAAAGCAAAGACAAUGUGUACUUGGAUGUUCCCUCUUUCCUCUCACUUGCUUGUCUGUUCCAACAUUUUUCAGUUAUGUUGAGUUUCUGUGCUUUUAAGGGAGCCUCUAACCAGAAGCAGUGGGAGCGAGAACCUAAAACCUAAUGGGUUUUUUUCUCCCAUGUCCCUUAAGGGCUCCAUACAUUUCAGACCAGACUGCAAAGAAAAUGAUAACUGCAGUGACUUUUGGCUGGGCAUUUUGAGGAGAAGAUUAUUUUUUUUUUAAAGGACAAAAAAUCUAUUGCGCCUUCAGCAGAACUGUCAAGACCAAAGUAAUCAUAAAAUGUGCAAAUUUUUUAAGAUAUGGCCAGAUAUAAACUAACAUUUGCAAAAGAAUUUGAAGAAUUGACAAUUUUGAUAUUAUUUCAAGACAUAUCUAUUGAGUAUGCUAACCAGCUAUUCCUGGGACAUCCUAUAUUGUAAUACUACUUGUACCUCAGAGAGGAGCAAGAAGUAGACGCAAAGCCCGCCCUGACCAACAUGGUGCCCCAGGCAAGACUAUAGUAAUUGUACAAAAAUAGUACAAAAACAGCAAGUUAAUAACACAAAGCAUUCAUGCACAAAACAUGUUUUAAUGAUCACAUGAUGCAUGCUGUUUGCUAAACAUACCAGAAAAAUGAUUUGAUAAUUAAAUAUACACAGGCUUAUAAGAUGGGAUGGAAAAGGAAUCAUAUUCAUUUACUAUUACAAUCGUGGCUAAUUUGGCUAAAAAGAUAUCAGCAAAAAAAAAGUAGGACUGGUUUCUUUAGGCAGUGGAUGGUUUGUGUUGGUUAUUCUCCAAACAUAUGAAGUCUCUAACCUUUCCUUGUAAAUUUAAGGUGGGAGUAACUGAUGUUAAUUUUAGCUAUUUAAUGUUAUUAAAUUAACAAACGUUACCAUCGUCCAAAGUGAGCUGAUAAAAUGCUACGGGCUGUAUGGCCCUAUGAAGAAAAGUGAGAAAAACUGCUUUAAAGUUUUUUAAUGUUUUUUUUUUUUUUACUGGCCAGCCUAAUUGGUUGGUAGAUAAGUAAUAUGACAAUUAUUUCUACAUGUAUUGAUGUCAUUUU